GGGAGGUUGGGAGGGAGCGUCCGGUCUGUGGGCGCGGACAGCUCUGCCAGACCUCUGGCUCCUCCAACCCUGCCGCCGCAGUGAGCCCCACAACGCGAGAGGGGAGUCCGCCGUAGCAGAAGGGAGAAAAUUCAAAACGAGACUACUCAACCUCGUCUUGGCUCCGAGGCCCCGCCGUGGAGACCACCACAAUGCGCAGGCGCAACUCUCCGGGAGGCGCAGCGCAGGCUCAUCAGAUUGGACCCGUCUCGGCCACCGUCGCCCAGUUCCCUUCCGAUUCCUUCUCCCUUCUCGUGUUUCCGCUCUGAAGUCUGAGGUAAAAACACAUGGUCUCAGCUCAAUCUGGCUGUUGGAACGAUUCAUAGAAAACGAACUGGUGGAGCCUUUGUCACUCAGAUUAAAGAAGCAGGAAGUGUAAUAUCUGCCCAGAGAAGGGAGUUUUAAAAGCGGAUGUAAGAACCUAAGAGCGAUGUGGCAAAGUAAAUAAAACCUACAACUCCCAGUGUUCAGAGGGUCUGAAACGCGCUUCCUGCUGGGGUUUGUAGUAUCUGAGCGCUGAGUCUAAAGGGUCUGGGUCUAACGACACCCUCAAAAAUUAGGUUCAAGGUAUUUGAUGUGUGCGGGCUGGGCACCGGUGGAAAUAGAACCUCGUGGUAUGGUCUGUAGAAACCCGAGGAAGAUAACUGAAGCCUGUCUUCUACUGCGCUCGAGGUGCAGUCUACCUUAGAGCUACUUGAUUAUCGGCGCAUACAUUUUUGUGGAGAAGCCUCGUUGUAUACUUUCUGCCAUGGCACAACUCCAGGCACGUUUCUACACGGAGAACAAGAAAUAUGCAGUAGAUGAUGUUCCUUUCUCAAUCCCUGCCACCUCAGAAGUUGCUGACCUUAGUAAUAUUAUCAAUAAAUUGCUGGAGACCAAAAAUGAGCUCCACAAACAUGUCGAGUUUGAUUUCCUCAUCAAGGGCCAGUUUCUUCGAAUGCCCUUGGUCAAACACAUGGAACUGGAAGACAUUUCAUCGGAAGAGGUUGUGGAACUAGAAUAUGUGGAAAAAUACACCGCACCCCAGCCAGAGCAAUGCAUGUUCCACGAUGACUGGAUCAGCUCAAUUAAAGGGGCAGAAGAAUGGAUCCUGUCUGGUUCUUAUGAUAAGACUUCUCGAAUCUGGUCCUUGGAAGGAAAGUCAAUAAUGACAAUUGUGGGACAUACAGAUGUUGUGAAAGAUGUGGCUUGGGUGAAAAAAGACAGUCUGUCUUGCCUACUCCUGACGGCCUCGAUGGACCAGACUAUUCUCUUAUGGGAGUGGAACAUAGAGAGGAACAAAGUGAAGGCUCUUCACUGCUGCAGAGGGCAUGCUGGGAGUGUGGACGCCAUAGCAGUUGAUAGCUCUGGAACUAAAUUCUGCAGUGGCUCCUGGGAUAAGAUGCUGAAGAUCUGGUCUACAGUCCCUACAGAUGAGGAAGAUGAAAUACAAGAACCCACAAAUCGACCAAGAAAGAAGCAGAAAACAGAACAAUUGGGACUGACAAGAACACCCUUGGUGACCCUCUCUGGCCACACAGAAGCAAUUUCCUCAGUACUCUGGUCAGAUGCUGACGAAGUCUGCAGUGCCUCUUGGGAUCACACAGUCAGAGUGUGGGAUGUUGAGUCCGGAGGUCUUAAGUCAACUCUGACAGGAAAUAAGGUGUUCAAUUGUAUUUCCUAUUCUCCCCUCUGUAAACGUUUGGCGUCUGGAAGCACAGACAGGCACAUUAGGCUGUGGGAUCCCCGAACUAAAGAUGGCUCUUUGGUGUCGCUGUCCCUCACCUCACAUACAGGCUGGGUAACAUCAGUGAAGUGGUCACCUACCCAUGAUCAGCAGCUGAUCUCAGGCUCUUUAGAUAACAUGGUGAAGCUAUGGGAUACGAGAAGUUGUAAGGCUCCUCUCUACGACCUAGCUGCACAUGAAGACAAAGUUCUAAGUGUGGACUGGACAGACACAGGGCUACUUCUGAGUGGAGGAGCAGACAAUAAAUUGUAUUCCUACAGAUAUUCCCCUACCACUUCCCAUGUGGGGGCUUGAAAAUGAAUGGCUGAUAAGAGACUUUCUUGUUGCGUUUUGUUUUAAUUCUUAGUGUCUCACUGUUGUGUUAUAAACUGUGAAUGGAAUGGGAAAGAGCGUUUGGAAUGUAGCUCAGCUGGUAGAGUGCUUGCCUGAGAUUGCAGAGCCCUGUGCUCUCUCCAGCACUGUGCAAGAGCAGUGGGCAUGUCGGUGCAUUCCUGAAAUCCCAGGCCCUGAAAGGUUGGAAACAGAGUCAGAAGUUCAAGGCCACCCUCAGUGAGGCAGCCAGCUUCAGUCACUCGGCUCUGUCUCAGGAAGAAAGAAAUCUGUGGAUAACCUCUGAUACCAUUGUCAAUGCAGGGACAGGAAGCAGCCGUUUAAACUUGGAUAACAGUUCAUCAUUCAUAAUAGCUACAUUUUACUAUGUUUGUCCUCCAUGUUUAUAAAGUACAAUAAAUGUGUGGCCUGAAUUCUCCACCCCA